AGCAGCUAUCACUCAAAAGACUAUUUUGACCUCAUUGCAUUUGCAAGCAUGCCAGCUGUCAAAUUGCCCAGUUUUCAUGUUCCUAUCCUUGCAGCUUCAUUCGCCUAUGUAUGUGUGUAUAUACACACACACCUGCAUGCACAUACAGUGAACCAAGCUUUUCAGUUUCAUUAGUAAGAGAGUACACUCAAAGUCGCUCAGAACCUUAGAACCCGCAAGAUGGACCAAAUUCAACACAAAUUUGUUGAUGUAGGUGGCCUCAAGCUUCACGUCGCCGAUAUCGGGACCGGUCCUAACGUCGUCGUUUUCCUGCACGGCUUCCCUGAGAUAUGGUACUCCUGGCGCCACCAGAUGAUCGCCCUUGCCGGUGCUGGCUUCCGAGCGAUCGCCCCCGAUUAUAGAGGCUACGGCCUUUCUGACCCGCCACCUGAAACCGAGAAGGCCACCUUCUCUGACAUUGUUAGUGAUAUGCUUGGAAUGCUCAAUGCCCUCGGUCUUGCUAAGGUUUUUCUUGUUGGAAAAGACUUUGGAACUCGAGUUGCGUAUUUGUUUGCCACUCUACACCCAGAAAGGGUCUUGGCUAUCAUCACUUUUGGACCUCCAUACGUCCCUCCAGGCCGCUCUCACUCUCAGCUCCCCAAAUACUUUCCUGAAGGCUUGUACAUUUUAAGAUUUCAGGAACCAGGGAGAGCAGAGGCUGAUUUUGGACGUCUUGAUGCAAAGACUGUUGUGAGAAACAUUUACAUUCUCUUCUCAAGAAGUGAGAUGCCUAUAGCUGAGAAAAACCAGGAGAUUAUGGAUUUGGUGAAUCCAUCAACCCCUCUCCCCCCUUGGUUUACAGAAGAAGAUCUUGCAGCAUAUGGAGCAUUGUAUGAGAAAUCUGGAUUCCAAACUGCACUGAAUGUUCCAUACAGGUCUCUUGAUGAAGAAUUCAACUUAUCAGAUCCGAUAGUGAAAGUUCCAGCACUUCUUAUUGUUGGCGGCAAGGAUUAUUCUCUUAAAUUUCGAGGGAUUGAGGAUCUAAUAAAGAGCGAAAAGGCAAAAGAAUUUGUCCCCAAUUUGGAGAUAGCAUUUGUUCUUGAGGGAACCCAUUUUGUUCAGGAACAAUUUCCUGAACGAGUUAAUCAGCUUAUCCUUGACUUCUUUGGUAAGCACAUUUGAUUGUGAACUUCACUUUGUAGACUCUGUCAUGAAUAAGUCCGCUAGUUCGGUUAAGUUUCAAUGGAAGAUUUGAACAGUAAAGUACACUUAACAGAGACUGAUGAAUGACGAUGCCUGUUGUUAUAACAACUAGAGAGCCAAACCAAAUGGUUUUUUAUGGUAAA